AUGGCGGAUAAUAGUGUUUGUGGGUCGAGUGCCAAUGAUAAUGAUUUGAAGAAGAAUGGCACUGGAAAUUUUGAUGAGGGAAGUAAUUCACCUAUUCCUGAGAAGGUUCAAGUGGGAAAUUCGCCAUUGUAUAAGGUUGAAAGGAAGUUAGGUAAAGGUGGCUUCGGUCAGGUUUUCCUGGGUCGUCGUGUCUCUGGCAGAAAUGAUUGUACAACAGGUCCGGGGGCCUUGGAGGUAGCCCUGAAAUUUGAGCACAAAAACAGUAAAGGGUGCAACAAUCGUCCUCCAUGUGAGUGGCAGAUUUACAACACUCUUGGCGGUAGUCACGGUAUACCUCGGGCAUACUAUAAGGGAAAACAGGGAGAAUAUUAUGUCAUGGUUAUGGACAUGCUAGGGCCUAGCUUAUGGGAUUUAUGGAAUUCCUCAGGGCAAUUACUGUCUGCUGAAAUGGUAGCCUGUAUUGCCAUUGAGUCUUUGUCGAUCUUGGAGAAGAUGCACUUGAGAGGUUAUGUCCAUGGAGAUGUAAAACCAGAGAACUUUUUGCUUGGUAAACCGUCAACGCCACAAGAGAAGAAGUUGUUUCUUGUUGACAUGGGAUUAGCUACAAAGUGGAGAGAUGGUGCUAAAGGGAAGCAUGUUGAAUAUGACCAGCGCCCCGAUAUGUUUAGGGGGACUGUUCGGUAUGCUAGUGCACAUGCUCAUUUGGGAAGGAUUUCCAGUAGGAGGGAUGAUUUGGAAUCUCUUGCAUAUACACUUAUUUUUCUUCAGCAAGGCCGGCUACCAUGGCAAGGAUAUCAGGGCGAUAACAAAUCAUUCAUGGUUUGCAAGAAAAAGAUGGCCACAUCUCCUGAAGUGCUGUGCAGCUUCUGUCCUGCACCUCUUAAGCAAUUUCUUGAGAUAGUGAUCAACCUGAAAUUUGAUGAAGAGCCUAACUAUUCUAAAUUGAUCUCUCUCUUUAAUGUACUGAUUGGACCAGAUCCUUUAAUAAGGCCAAUAAACACAGAUGGCGCUCAGAAGAGCGUCCAAGUUGGGCAAAAAAGAACAAGGUUAAAUCUUGACGAGGUUGACAAUGAUUUGCCCAAAAAGAAGAUUCGCAAUGGAUUGCCUGCAACACAAUGGAUAACGGUUUACAAUGCAAGGAAACCUAUGAAACAGAGGUACCAUUAUAAUAUUUCUGAUGCAAGGUUGGCACAGCAUGUGGAGAAAGGAAAUGAAGCUGGUUUAUUUAUAAGCUCUGUUGCGUCUUGUGACAACUUAUGGGCUAUAAUAAUGGAUGCAGGAACUGGCUUCUCAAGCCAAGUUUUCCAGCUCUCACCUUAUUUCUUACGAAAGGAAUGGAUUAUUGAACAUUGGGAGAAGAAUUAUUUUAUCACUUCUGUUGCUGGUGCCAAUAAUGGAAGCUCACUGGUGAUAAUGUCAAAAGGAACCCAAUAUAAUCAACAGUCCUUCAAAGUGAGUGAAUCCUUCCCAUUCAAAUGGAUAAACAAGAAAUGGAAAGAAGGGUAUCAUGUGACUUCCAUGGCAACUGCUGGUGCCCGCUGGGCUAUUGUCAUGUCCCGGAAUUCUGGCUUUUCUGAUCAGGUUGUAGAGCUUGAUUUUCUUUAUCCGAGUGAAGGCGUCCAUAAACGAUGGGAUAAUGGCUAUAGAAUCACAUCAACGGCUGCUACAUCAGACCAAGUUGCUCUUAUUUUGAGUGUGCCUAGGCACAAGGUCAUCGGUGAUGGUCAGGAAACUUUACGUACAAGUUCGUUCCCUAACUUACAUAUUAAGGGAAAAUGGGCAAAAAAUCUCUACAUUGCUUGUGUAUGCUACGGACGAUCUGUAUCUUGA